GCGCGCCCGGGGUUACAGUGUUGCGCUUCCCGGGCGCUCGUGCCCAACGUCGGGCGGGCGGCGCAGCGAGCCCUCUUGCAAACGCGGCUGCAGCGCCCCAGGGGAGCAAGCGGAUUCCCGCGCGCCCCGAUCGCCCCACCUCGCCCGGGAGCGCCAGGCGCGUCCUUGCGCGGGCCCAGGCAGCAGCUCGACGGCGCCGGCGGAUCCCGGCUGCCGGUGGCUUAGGUGCGAGCGCCCCCGCCCGCCCGCCCGCCCGCCCGCCGGCCAUGGCGAGGUGGUCCCGGGAGGAGCGGCUCCGCGGCAGCCACCCCCCGCCGUGGAUGUCCGGCCGGGAGGCGAUCGAGUACGUGCCCGUGAGGCUGCCGCCACACAGCCUGCUGGACCAGCUGGCCAGCCACAUGCAGAGCCACCUGGAGGAGAUCGAGCGGAUGCGCGCCGCGCUGGACGACCCCUACCCGCCGCUCUGGGCCGGCCGCGAGAGCUGCCGGACCCGCGUCAAGGGCCGGCCCGGGACGCCCGUCGAGGCCGGGCCCCGCGGCAGCAGCAGCAGCAGCGACGAGGGCGGCAGCUACCGCUUCUCCCUGGACGUGGCCGGCUUCGCGCCGGAGGAGCUGUCGGUCAAGCUGGAGGGGAGGCGGCUGACGGUGCGCGCCCGGCGGGAGAAGAAGGCGGAGGCGGCCGACGGCUGCGUCUCGCACGAGUACCGCGAGGUGCGCAAGGAGGUGCUGCUGCCCGACGACGCCAACCUGGAGGCGGUGGCCUGCACCCUGGACGGGCCGCGCCUCUGCGUGGAGGCGCCGCGCCUGGCCCUGCCGCCCGCCGAGGCCCGCACCAUCCCCGUCACCGUCGCCAGGGCGCCCGGCUCGCCCGUCGCGGAGAGGAAGGCCGCGCUGCCCGCCAGCCCGGAGGACGCCGGAGGGGCCCCGGACGCAGCAGCCGCGCCCUGAAGGGGCAGCGCCCGUCGGGGGAGCCGGCGCCAGCCUCUCGCGCGCCGCUGGGGCCCGUCCUGGCCCCGUUCGUUCCGUUUGCAGAAGUUGGAAGGGACGUUUCUCCGCCGCUGCUGCUGUUUAUUGAUACGGUUACGCGUUGAGGGGGGCGGGGAGAGGGGGCUUGCACGCGUUUGCAAUGGUUGGGGGUGGAAGCGGGCCCGGAGUGUUUGAGGUUUGGGCUCAGUAAACUCCCGUUUUCUCAUG